CAACAACCAUGCGAGCUUCAGUUUUCAUCAAGGUCUUGUCGAGACAAAGCCGUUUCGUCGUUCCGUCAGCCACGCGAAAGGGAUCGUGAAUAAAAAGCAUUCCCUUUGAUCUAUUCCGUGACAGAAAUCGCACUCUUAGUUUUUCUCUGCUGUUCUCACAAAAAUCACGUGGAUCAUCAAAAACGAUGCAGGGAACUUUCGUUCGAAUUGUUCUCCACCCACGUGAAACCUGAAGCUACAUCUUCCAUCGUGUAAUUCAGUGUUUUUAACAUUAAACAAACUCUUCGAUUCAUCUGUGAGAUACUGAACAUUCAAACUGUAUUUAUUAUCGAAACUAUCGAUAUUUUCAAAGUAUCGGUUUUUCAGAUUUUAUUCUUCUUUUUUGAAAAAAAGCCUUGAAAUUUUGCGGAUGAAGGUUCAAAACGGAUAUCCGGUAAAACACAAUUGAUCUUCGAACGGCGGGUCACCGAGGAGGUUUGGGUCAUGAUUGACCCUGCUCCGUUGUUCGAGGGUUAAAGUGAUCGCCUUCGAGAAUCGGGAUAAUACUAUAUGGAAACGUCAACCGUAUCAGGGCAACAUGAAGCCGCCGAAAAAAAUCCUACAGAGCUUCUUGAUCGUAUUUCUAUGAACAGCUGUCCGCCCAGCAGCUUUCCUGAUAAGUUUCAAGACUUUUUCGACGCACUCAACGAAGAUUCAAACGAUCUACCCAGUAUGCUCGAGGAUAAGCUGAUACCUAGGCAACAGGAGGGCUCGAACUCAGACUCGAAGAGCCGACGAUGGAGCAAGAGGGCUUUUCAAAGGAGAAGCAGCGAGGUCGAGGUUCGUUUGCAUCGCAGCUCAUUAACAGGAUCAGUGCAAGGACAUACCAGUGCCGAUGGUCCGAAAUCACCAACCCCUUCUAGGCGACGCAGUUCCAGUAUAGCGGUGGCCAGACCAACUCCAGAUUUGCACAGGUUUCUACAGGCAGAAGCUGGCCCAUGGGGUCAUUUAUCACCUUCACCAAGGAGUCCCACCAGAACACCGGCCAUUAGUCCUGGAGCAGUGUCUACCUCGUCUCACUUGAGUCCAGGAACAAGUCCAGGUGGUCCAAGUCCGACAAGCCCAGCUGGACCAGCUGGUUCGUCCUCAGGAUCUCGUGGUCCAGGACCAAGGCAAUAUCGUGGAAGGACCAGCAGUAUGCCAGCGGUUCCAAGGCAUAAGCCAAUGCUUGCUGAAACGAAACGCGGUGGCGCCAACGGGACUGACGAGGGUGAAACCGAGAAUGGCGUGGAAUAUUACAGACUAAGAUCAUUUUCCAUAACAGCGAACGGGGUCUACAACCUCGGGGAUUCGUUGAAAAGCCGUCGCAGCAAAAGCAUCAACAGUGUCACAUCCUCUGGCACAAGUUGCAGCAGCACCAGGGAAGCAAGGUUACUUAGCUCCGCGUCGCAGCUUUCUGGUAUGGAAGCUGAGGAGGACACGUGCAACGAACGAGUGGCCACUUACAAAGUCGGCAUGUUGGGUGCAUCGGGGGUUGGUAAAACCGCCCUCACCGCGCAGUUCACCACCAGCGAUUAUAUCUGCGCCUACGACACAUCACUCGACGAAGAAUACGGACAAAAGACCGUUUCCGUGAUGUUGAACGGUCAGGAAACGGAACUAGAGAUCAUUGAUCAUCCUGCAGCAGAGAUGUCAGUAGAAACAUUUUGCUCGACCUACAACCCCGACGUUUACGUGGUAGUUUAUUCCGUGGUAGACAGACGAAGCUUAAAGAUGGCUGAGGAAACUCUGAUGUAUCUAUGGAAAAGCGAUUACAUGGCAAGCCACGGAGUGAUCCUCGUCGGGAACAAAGUUGAUCUUGAGCGGAAACGUGAGGUUCCGUCUGUUGUUGGUCGACGUCUGGCGAACAACUGCGGUUGCAAAUUCAUCGAAACUUCCUCGGGGCUGGCCCACCAUGUGGACGAACUACUAGUCGGUAUCCUGGCACAAAUUAAACUGAAUCCGCAACGAGAUCGAGAUCAGGCGACCAGACGAAAAAGAAGUAAAAAUCGUAGAAAGAUCCUGAAACACUUGCUGGGCUUCAAAAGAAAAACCAAAAGCUGCGAGGAUCUUUUCGUUCUCUAACGUUCGAAACUACAGGUCUACGAAGAAUCCUGAAUUUCAUUUUUCAUGAAACUUUCAACACCUAUAAUUUUAUUUAAAUUAAUAUUUAUUAAUCAAAAGGUGGUUGUAAAAAUCCAUGAAUCGUUCGAAAUUAUAUAUUUCAGUGUUUAUUUUAAUUAGAAAUUUGUUGCAUUAAUGAAACGUUUGUUUGUUUGUUAAUUGUACUUUUCUGUUCUGUGCUGCGUAUGUCAUUAAUGGCAUUUUAAUUGAACAAGAAAAAUGUGUCUCUUAAUUUAACUUUAAAAAGGAAAUGGCCUAUACAGGAAUUUUAUUUUCAUUCAUUGUUCACUGUAAUUAUUUUAUAGUAAGAGCAUUUGUAAAAAAUUUGUGUAGUCAUAUUCUACAAACUUUAAACUUCGAAACGAUGUAUUAUAAAUAUUUUGAGAUGGCUUUGUGUUAUGAAAUCUCGCCAGAUUGUGUUGUGUCACGAAAAUCGGCCAUUUGACAUGGAACAGUGUAAUAGAAGGAUUCGAUAAAAUUAGCAUAAGAUUUCGAAGACAUACGAGGCGUCUGGAGCAUCAUGAGAAAUAUAUGUUUCUCUUGAAACGAUCGUGCAUUUCGGAGAUCUCCUUUGGGGGAUGGAAUUUGCAUAUCCUGAAAAGUGUAAUGGAAGCAUGUGUCCGAAAGGAUUUCCUUGUCGAAGUUGAUUUAAAUGUGAAAGAGGAAGACGUCCAAAGGAAUUAUUUAUUCAACUUUGAACGUAUUGAUCUGUAGAGAAACAUACCAUGGAGAGCUACUAGCAGACUUGACAGCUUUCUAGAGUGAAAAGCUUCUUCAGGAAGUUUUUUCUGCGAUAUGCAAAACAACAAAGGAAUUGUAAGUAGGUAUUGGUUUUAGACGUCUCGUAUGUGAAACGAUAUUAUAGCUGUGCGAUGAAAGUUUUAAGAAUACGAUUAAGGAUUAGAGGAUAAGAAAACGAAAAUAAAAGUGACUUUGGUCAUGUCAUAUCGAAAGUAUAAUUUGUUCUUGAUACCGAUUAGUAUACUGUACAUUAUCGCUUUGUAACCCAAACGAAUCAAACUGGCGUCGUUGCCACAACAUACUGUUUGAUCACCUUGAUACAGGGAUGAAUAUUAAUGCAAUUUUUUGAAGUAUGAUAUAUUAUAAUUCAUACAAAUUAGGGCGAUGACAUGACAUACUGCUUUAAGUCGCCCCCACACUGCGCUCUUCGGUCAUUUUAACACUUUGAUGGCCAGACUUUUGUAUAAUAGUUCUAUAAUGUAUUCUUUUCACAUUGACAAGAUUAUAUUUUAAAGUUUCUAUAAUACAUAUAUAUAAAUAUAUAUAAUAAAAAUACCAAAGUUCAUAUUGUAAUUAAUAUAUGAUGUAACAAGUGAGUAUAAGCAAUCAAUUAAAGUCAUAAUAUUAAAUAAUAAAGAUUGAAUCCCUCCUAUAUUAAUGACUCUAAAUAAUCUAUUAGGAAUUUUUGAAAAAACAAAAUUGUAUUAAAUAUUCAAGUAAGUGUAGUAGCGGAUUAAAGCAACAUGUCCUCUCG